AUGGAUAACAGCAGUGAAGAGUGCAAGGUGGACUGCCUGAUGAAACUUUACUACCUCCCUGUUUCGUACAGUCUCAUCUUUAUAGUUGGCCUGGUAGGAAACGUAACCUCCAUCAGCAUCUACCUGACAAAGCUACGUCCCUGGAAGAGUAGCAGCAUCAUCAUGAUCAACUUGGCAGUGACCGAUCUCCUCUACGUCCUCACCUUGCCCUUCCUGGUCUACUACUACAGCAACAAGGAUUCGUGGAGGCUUGGUGACGUCAUGUGCCGCUUUGUGCGCUUUGGCUUUCAUUUUCACCUUUAUGGGAGUAUUCUCUUUCUGACCUGCGCUGCAGUUUUUCGUUUCGUGGUAGUGAUCCAGCCACUGAGGGCAGCACAGAUACAGAAAAGGCUUUGGGGCAUCAUUGCAUGUUCAACUGUUUGGAUCAUCGCUGCCGUUGAAGUUGCACCAAUGCUUUCCAUUAUAUCUAUACACAAUACAACCAACAAGAUGUACUGCUUGGACUUUGCCAACACCAUAGCAGUCAAUGAUGUGCGGACGUACGGCUGGUUGCUGACUGCCUUUGGGUUUGCAUUACCCUUAGUGGUGGUGUUCAUUUGCUACGUUGGUAUAGUGAAACAGCUGGCAAAAGGACUAAACUCAUCCAGUCGCUGCCGGAUGCGAGCGCGACGGGUGACCGUGCUCAUCCUGGUGGUUUUUGUCAUGUGUUUCUUGCCGUAUCACAUUUUGCGGGUGUUGUGGAUAGAAACUCAGAGCGCUACAGGUAAGCAGCAGAACAUUGUGCAGGCCGCAUAUAUCAUAUCUAGGCCUUUGGCUGGAAUCAACACGUUCUUUAACCUGGCUUUAUACACUCUGUCGGGUAAUAAAUUCAGGAGGGCGUUGCUGGACACCUUUAAUUGGGGCCGCCGUCUGAAGAAAACGAGGUCAGUGCUCCAACUGGCCGUCAUCGCGAAGGCAGGCAGUGACAUGCCUGCUGCAUGA